AUGAAUGUAUCGAUACUUAUAUUGAAAUGUGAUUUGUUUCAGGAGCUUGAGUGUGCCGUCUCUGUAGAGGAAGACAACAGACAGGAGUGGACGUUCACGCUGUAUGAUUUUGACAACAAUGGCAAGGUCACCAGAGAGGUAAGGGUUCAAAGACAUUUACAUUCAAAUAUACUCUUACACGUAACAGGGCACUAUCCUUUUCUUUACCCACCCAUGAUCUUUUUCUCUUUCAAACAGAUACACAAACACAUAUAUAGACUAAGUGAGACACAACCAGAUGAAGUUAUAUUAGUCCAUUUCAAUAAUACAGCCACUAGGAACCAAAGAGACUUUUUCCUUCCCAGCGAUAGAUACCUAGUGUCUGGCUGCUGCCUUGUAAAGAUCUGAGCAGUGCAGUCAGAGAGGCCUGUAUUUUUGGAGAGCUGAGUUGAAACGGUGUGAAGAGACUGAAGCCGUCCUCUGUGUGGUGGGAUGGUUGGAUCUCCAGUUUCUUUGGCAUCGCCCGUGGCCCCGCGGCACAUGAGACGGCAGGCGGCAGCUCACAAAAAGAAGUCGAAAAAAGAAAGAAAUAGCUUUCUUCUCCAGCUCCCUUUCUUUAUUUCUUCACACGUAUGAAAAAAUUGAAAACUAAAAAUGACAUAAGAGGAUUUUUUACAUUUUAGCGUUUGAAAUGGUAUCUGGAGCCAGUCCCCAAAGAGCUCAUAAUAGGCCUUUAUAUUGCAGUCAGAGAGAGGCAAGGCAAUAGGAAUUCAGGCAUUUGGACGUUUUAGAGGAGAGAGAGCAGAAGCUAGGCUAACAGGCCCAAAAAUGUCCUAAUUUCUGAGUGGUUUUGUAAGCCCCUUUUCUCGGCAUUGGCAGUCCAGGGAACAUUAGUAGAAAUGCAGUAAUUACCUUUAGAGGGAAAAUGCAAAAAAUACCUGAAAUAUGUAUAAUUAAACAUAAUAUGCUUUUGAUCCAUCUGUGGAUGUUCAUGUUGCUCUCUUCCUAAACAGGCAUUUAAAGACUUAAGCGAGUGCAGAUUUCAGAUGUCUGGUUUGUGCUCACUGUGUGUGGAUGUUAUUCGGCCUUUCUUUCUCUCUCUGCGGGAUUUUCCCUCUUAUUUUCUCUCUUAUUCUGUCUAUGUCUGAAUCUUAGCCCUGAGGCAAAGGUCUGUGCUAUGGCCCUCCGCUACUCCACUCGUUCAAAGAGAGAGAGAGAGAGAGAGAGAGAGAGAGAUACUAAGAGGGAGAUAAUACUUUUAAACUUCCAAAGUUACACAAACCACCAUAAAAAGCCUACAGAGAGAAAGAAAACAAGAGUGAAAUUAAGAGCAGAGCUGCUGUAGAGUAGAGUUCUGACAUCUUUUAGCACUUCUCCUCCCACCUCCCAGACAAAUAUUUUCAUGCAUUUAUCCCAUCUUUGUACUCCCUGCCUGAUCACUUUACAGGGAGAACACUGAAAUAAAACAACUGACAACCCAGCAUGUUCUUCUCUCCAUCUCUCCUGUUUGCCUGAAACAGUAACUGGGUUGUCAGCUGUGUACUAACUCAGACCAUCUCUCUCUCUCCCUCCCCCUCAGGACAUCACCAGCCUGCUCCACACCAUCUAUGAGGUGGUAGACACGUCGGUCAACCAUUCCCCCAGCAGCAGCAAGACGCUGCGGGUCAAGCUCUCCGUGGCCCCCGACUCCAGCCAGCGCUGGCGGAGCUGCACGCAGGGCCCCGCAGGUAACCACCAGGCUGGGGUUAGGAUCACAGGGCUGGGAGUGAGGAUAGGGGAGACAAGGGAGGAGAAGGGGGAGAUAGAGGAGAGGGGGAAGAAAAGGUAUGAGAUGGGGAGGAGAGAGAGCGGUGUUCUUUGGGCUCUACUUGACUGUUCCGCUGUCAGCACAUCCAGUCUUGUUUGUUGUCAUGCAGAAAGGCACCUGCUUCAGGCCUGUCAGACUCCUCUCUCUCUCUCUCUGCCUGUCUCUCCAUCGCUCCAUCUCUCCGGCACAAUGGGGUUCAUUUUUAAUGAUGGGAGUAGGGACAGAGCUGAGAGCCCCCCAGUGCCUUCAAAUACUCUGAAAGAAACCUUAAGAGAUGCACCGACUCCUUUUGAUAACCACAACCAUUUUCUUUUUCUCCAAAGUGUUUCUUCUUCUCCCUCACCCCCCACUUCUCAGAGCUGUCGGUAAAAUAUAGCUACAUUCAACGCAACUUUUCUAACUGACGACUUGGUAAACAAGUAUUGAGAAUAAAAAUGUGCUAAAAAAUAUGACGCCAUGUUUGUUUACUUCAUGUUGUUGUGGCUAUUUAUAACGUCAAGCGAUUCAAAAGAAGCAGGCUUUGAAAAGGAACCGCAACAUAUCUCACUUCAUUAAUAAACUCUGGGUUAUAUAUAUUUUUUCUUUAUGUCUUAUAUGAGGCCUGGAGUAAAUAAAUGAAGCAUUGCUGUUUUUUCUCUUUUAUAGAUCUUCAAAGUAAAAGGCUAUGAACAAAGGUUUCUUUCUUCUGAGAGAAAUAGGCCUGUGCUGUGUGUGUGUAGCUGCUCUGUGUGUGCUGCUCUUUUUGAUAAUGUCCUGCUCUCUCUCUCACAGACAUGCCCCUCCCCAGAACCAAGACUGACAAGUGCAUUGAAGACCUUAAAAGUGCAGAGAAGAAGUCUCGAGCCCUCCUCAGGUAACAUAUGUUCUACAGCCUGCAUCAAGGUUUUACAAGACCAUAAUGUAAUUCUGUACAUCUUUGACACUAAUAACAAUCUUUAUUUUGACACCGAAGGAAUGUAUGUUUUGCAAUCCAUCUUAGAGAGCUAAAAUACUCCUUCAAGCUGUUCUAAAGUCCCAUCUCCCUCCCCUCCAGGCGCCAUCACAGUGACCACCACACUGUCCAGCACCAGGUUCUGACCCAGCAGGGUCAGAGUCAGGGCUGUCAGCGCCACUGUGUGGAUGAGAACCUGGAGCGCAGGAACCACUACCUAGACCUGGCCGGCAUCGAGAAUUACACAUCCCGCUUCGGAGCAGGUGAGCUUUUUUUGUGUGACUCCCUCUAGUUCAAGGCAGAAAAAUACACUUUGUCCUGUGAAAAAAGAAAGCAGAAAAAAUUAAAAAAGGUGUUAAAAUAGGUAUUGGAACUGGUAAUAUUAACGUUAAUGAGUUAUGAACUUCUCAGACUUUCAAUUAAGUUAUUGGUGUAUCAAUUCACCCAUCAUGGGUUAUUUAUCCUGACCUGUAUUUCUCUCCUCUCCAGCCCCCACCACAGAGCCUGUGAAAGCAGAGCCACAGACCCGACCAUCGAACCAGAUCAGGUCUCGCUCUCAUGAACCAGAGAAUGGCCACUCCUACCCCCACCACCGCCGCUCGCAGGUGGCCAUGGAGAGCAGCACCGCUCCGGGCCCAGACACUCUUUGUCCCCCACGACCGGGUAAAGACUCAGGUAAACACGCCCUGCGCUCCCCCAAGACCCACAGCCGCACGCACCCCACACAGACCACCACGGGCAGGGUGAUGAGGAGUAGAGGGGCCCCACCUCCCCCGGCCCUGCCCAGCCAGACCCCCCCUCACCAGUCCUCAGCCCCCUACCGCAGGCACAAGCAGAGGGCCAAGGAGGGCCAGCAGCAAUACCGGGCCUUGGGGUCUUUGGGGGCUCCAGUGGGGCCUGUGAUGGAGAAGGAGCAGGUGAGGGACCUUCCCAGUGUGCUCCUCUAUGAAGGAGGGCUGGCCCAGAUGGUUCAGAGGCACGAGCAUCAUCACCACCAUGAACACCACCACCAUUACCACCACUUCUACCAGUCCUGA